AUGCCGAACAACACGACGUCGGCAGAGCUGUGUCUGACGGACCGGCAGAUGAUGUUGGCGGUGAACGUCAUCGAGCGGAUCUUUAUCGGAACCGUCGUCCCCGUCCUCAUCCUCUUCGGAAUCUCCGGCAACAUCCUCAACCUGACCGUCCUCAUGGCUCCCAACAUGCGAACUAGGUUACCCUGAAGACUAGACUUUCCUUUUUGUUAUGUCUUCUGCCCUUUUUUGAUAAUGGAUUGGACUUGAGGUCGAACCAACUGUUGGCUUGUCUCGCCGUGGCAGACAUCGUGUUUCUGGUUUGCAUGUUGCCCCAUUCUCUCGCUCACUAUAGUCUCUUCUCAACGACUUUUUGGUUCCGGUUACUCUAUCUGGGCAACAAAAUGCACCUCUUAGCCAUUCUUAACUGGGCGUCUGCCGCUGCUAUCUGGUUACUGUUGUUGAUAUUUACUGUAUAACUUCCGAUAAUUCAGGUUGAUACUCGUGAUUUGUCUUGAGAGGCUGAUGGGCAUCAAAUAUCCUUUAUCCGUUCGGAAACAUAAGAAGGUACUUUUAUCAUCUGAAAAAGGUCAUUUCUUUUUCAUUUGCAGCUUCUGACGCCAAUGGUGGUUGUAUCGUUUGUGGUGGUGAUGACAGGAAUACUGACAGCAUAUUAUCAUUUCAGGUGACCUUUUUCAAUCUACCUUUCGUUGAAGUUUCUGGUUAUGAUGAACUUUUCAAUUUUGAAUAAUCUACGCUUACGAAAAGUCGCUUGUCUAACCACAUAUGCAAGAAACUACAACUUUGAAUCUCCCGUUCUCGAAAAAUAGAAAGCGUGAAGCCUUCAUCUGCUCAACCUAGUACAUGAAUGAAAUUUCAGACAAUUAAAAAUUUACAAUUAUCAGCUUUUUUUUUCAUUCAUCAUAAUCAAAUAUUAAUAAUUACAGUUACAUUUGCGUGACGAAAUACUUCUGCAACGGAACUCAGUUCCACGCUAUGUGCCUACGAGUCGAUUCCGAGUGGUUUUAUAGCCUUUUUGAAUGAAAAAAAGUUUAUUUUUCAAAAAAAUUAAGGUGGUUUCGAAACACAAAAAAUCCCAACAGUGACUUUGUGAAGGCGAUAGCUUGGUAUGGACCCAGGGUAAACGCCAUUUUGGUCAUUUUCGCGCCAAUUUUGCUCGUUGCCGUCUCCAAUGUAAUGCUUAUUUUCACGUUGAGGAAAAGGUGAUUCAGAAAAAAAAUACAAGUCAUCAUUUUUUGGACUUGUAAUUUUGAUAUUUCAGACAAAAGCUCUUCAUUCCAGCUCAAAAAUCCGUUAAAGGAGAAUCGCAGUUCAGUGGAAGCCAAGCUCGUACUGAACACAAGGUUUUAAAAUAAUAAAGUUUUACUGAACGCUUGGUAAUUUUCUAUUCGCGUUGAGAAAUGGCUAGUUAUUCAUUUCAGAGAGAAAAGCUCUUUAAAAGAAAAAGUUCAAAAGAAUUUUUCCCAGUCUCGAAUGCUUAUUCUUUCUAUAAAUUCAGAGAAAAAAAAAUCCGGUUCUCCAAAAUUUGUAUACAUAUCCAGUUUGAAUUGAUUGACAUGACGUUUACAGGUCACGAUUACGGUAACAGCAAUCGUCACCAGCUUUACAAUAACCCAGGUUUUUUUUACAUAAUAAUAUGAGUGAAUAAAAAUAAUAAAGAAUUUUUUUUUCAAGUUACACGCUGGUUUUUUGAAAGAAAAAUUUCAAUUAUCUGUUUCAUUAAUGUCCAAAAUUUGAUUGAAUGAUUUUUGAAAGGUUUAUCAUAUCCACUCUUCUUAACUUGAAACGCCGUGGAAUGGCUCGAAGAGGCUUCCCCUCUCGAAGCAAUCCACCAAGCCGUCGAGCCAUUCCAAAUGCGCACAUAGGGCUUCCUCAAAGGCAAAUCUAGUUUACCAUAUUCUAAGGGACCAUCAGCCUUCGUGACGGUCAUGUCGUUCAACUACUCGGAUCAAGACUGGCAAGUUGCUCUGGUGAGUUCAUCUUCAGACUUUUGGACUACCUUGAGAUUUCAGACGGCCGUGGUGACGACGCUGGUAGUUCUGGGGAAAGCGCUCAAUUUCGUGCUGUUCUGUCUUUCGUCACGGACGUUCCGACAGCGACUGUUCAGCCAGACCAAGCAGGGUAUUCUGCGCAAGUCGACGAGGUAUUCCACGGUUGUCGGCGAAUGAACUCGAUCUUCAUUCUUUUUUUCCAAUCUUUUCCUUUUUACGCAUGUUUUUUUCACGUUUGGCGUCGCACCUUUGUCAAGUAGGAACUUAUUUUCAUUGAGAAUUUUUGAUUUUUGAAUAAUUAUUAACCUGUGUCCGGCUUCUGUAGCGAUUCCUUUCCACAGCACGCUCACUUACUUUCGAGAUUACGAGUACAUCAUUUUUUUUCCUAAUUAUAUCAAUCGCAUUUUUCCUGUGCUUUACCUGUUGUAAUUUCGUUUAUAAGGCUCUUUAGCUCUGACUGUUGUAUGUUGAAUAAUUUAAUCAGCCCAGAGCAAAAUGAUUGAAAAAUGGAAAUCGUUAGCUUCGGAAGUUUUUUCACUUUGGUAGCUUCAAGUAGUACAAAGAUACUAAUAACUUUUUUGUUUUUUUGUAGUACGUUGAAUAUUUUCAUAUUCAUGUAAAUUUUACUUGAAGAAGACAUGACCGGAAAAAAAUUUCAGGUUUUUAUUUUUCAGCGUUUUUCUCUGGCUGAUACUUUCGUACUUUUGCCGCUAGAAAAUGCAUUAAAAAAUCAAUCUGCAUCAGUUUUUUUUUCUGAACACGCCACCUUUUCUUUAGCUUCGCUGACUCUAAAACUCUGUCUUAAACUAAUAUUCUCUGCUUUUGCUGUAUUUUCAAGCUUACUCGCUGAUGUGCGACCAACACCGAGGCAUGUCUGACGUUCUCUAGUUGGCGUUGAAAAUAACCUCAGGGGUGGCUGGAGUUGCAGGACGAUAUCGACGAUGACCGGCUCGACGCUGCUUGAAUCCGCUGCGUCGGUCAUCGACAAGCGUCGAAGUCGCAGUGUCGCCAUCGAAAUGAGUCGGGUUGAGACUCGUGGCUCCAAACAGCGAGCUCUCAGCAGCCAGUCGAUGCUCGAACGGCAGCCGCUUCGCGAGUUCCGCCGUGGAAUGAGCUUCCUCUAA